AUGAAAUUUCUUACCACUAACUUCGUUCGUUGUGCGAUAAAAUCUUGCGAUGGUGCUGUAAACUCUUUUCCACUGAAGUAUUCGGAAAUCGAGCUUGUUCAAGAGGAACAAGACUUUCAACCAGAGUUCAUUCUGGGUAUUCUUCCCAGGUUGGAUUGGCCAGCUAUACUAAAGGUUGCCGCAGAUCUAGGGAACACCUCGCUUCCCUCUCAGCUACCAGAAAUAGACAUCAACGAUCCUUCCAAUGAGAUCCUUUUGAAAGAUCUCCACACCCUUCUGAUCGAAACCCAACUGGUGCAAGGUAAAAUGAUCUGCGAAAACUGCAACCACGUUUACCACAUCAAAGAUUCCAUUCCAAAUUUCCUGCUGCCGCCACAUUUGGCUAAUUGA